AUGGUGGUCACACACAGACGAACGCCGAUGACGAGUUCAAACCCGUUACUGACGUCUAAAACUCAGCUAUGCCUGGCGCAUUACUGCGAUCUCCACGGACCCACACCGCUUAUGGUGACUGAGGGUCUUCCAGUGCCCUGUUCACGAUGUUACGAUGAUACGAUAGAACAAGACCGGCCACAGUCGAGUGCGACCGCAAUGCAACCUCCAUCCGUGGCGGAUGCCCUGCGCAAGAUGACGCUCCACUCGUCGCGCAGCUCGAGUCUGCCUGCCACAGAACAAGAAGCACAAGCACACCGUUCAGCCAUCCGACGAGCUUCCAGGAUGGCAGCAGCGCAGCCCGCGACAGCUGCAUCUCCAACUACGGCUUCCGCCAUAGAGACGCCGCCGCAGAGCCCCGGAAACCCAACAGAAACGAGCAACGACAAGCCCAACGGCCCCCGUCGCGACUCAAGUUUCCGCCGGACAUACGACGACUAUGUCACGAAGCGCGCUAACCCCUGCCAAAACUGUGCCCUCACCUUGCCAAAGCGUCAAGACAGCAAAGACAAGAAGGCCGCGGCCGAUGCCAAGGGCGAACAGCGGGGACCAACAUUGCGAACCCGCGCGCCAUACGCUCGCGUCUAUGGGGGCAGCAGUGGUGACAUGAGUCCGCCCAACUCAAAUCCGCAGUCGUCAUGUGCAUCUGACACGGAAGACGAUGUGUCGCCCACCAAUACUACGACUCGACCGUCUUCCCAUCGCCGCCCCACGACCUCGACCUCACAAUCCAGUAUUUCCUCCAAGUCGAGCGUCAACACACAUACCCACUACCUAGACUACACUAGCACCCACGAGCCCCAGAUCGCCAACACCUAUUCUACAGUGCGUGCUUCAUGCCUACGGACCCUCUCUUGCGAGACGCUUCCCCGUCGCCCCGAGCAUGGUGUUGUGCCGUCUCUUCUACCGUCAUCGGCAUCGCCAUCAAUACCCACCAACCCCGCCUACAUAAGUGCGCCGGCCACACCGCAAUCUGCUGCAGCUGGCGGUCCCAUCUUUUUCGGUGAUCCCCUGACCGGCUACACGACGGCCUACAUCUUCCGCAUCCCAGAUAUGCACGCCCGCGGUCGCAAGCGGGUAUAUGCCUUUCUAGCGCUCAGCACUCACCGCGAACGCCUUGCCAUGAAGGCGUUCGGGUUUGUUGCCGCCGCAUUCCGCGACCUAGCGACUUGGAUCCAGGACCUUGCUGAGGCUGAAGCUGAGCGUGAGCGCGAGCGCGAAGCGGAAGGUUCGCCCUUCGGCGCACUUGGCGGUGGGUACAGUGAGGUGGGGCCCCGAGACAGCGGCGUCGGUCUCGGGCUUGGUGGUGGCAGUUUCGAGCGCGAGCGAGAGCGUGAUCGAGAUAGCGGGAGCAGUUUCCUGACGAGUGGUGGUAGCAGAGCCGGGUUCAUAAACAGGAUGGGCAUGGGCGGAUCCAUGGGACCUGGCGGGUUUGCUCCCAAGGCCCGUGGGCUGGCUGAGCUGGUCGGCUUACCUGAUUUCUUCAUUGAGCUGCACGCGCGGUUCGUGACGCUUUUGCUCGAGUUAGGCGUGGUGCUUGGAUCAUGA